UUGAUGGAAGAAAAAUACGCGUUGACGUUAUUCGGUUGUGGCAAAAACACUUCAUGAUAUGCGGUGGACGAUUGAAAAAAAUACUCUAAUUAAUCCAGUGAACAGGUUUUUGACAAAAUAAUAUAUUUAAGAAAGUGGAUAGUACCGAUAUACGGAUACAUUUGUGAAGAAGAGUAGAUUCUUCUCCGGCCAAAUGAAAAUGACCGCCCCGCGACUAGUCGCCCGAGCUAGUCGCAGUAGAUUUUUCGUUGGACUUGGAAUACUGGUGCUGAUGGUUGGAUUCGUGGCAAUAUUCCAUAGUUCCCAACAACAGCUAGAUGAACUUCGUCAUUUGGGAUUAAGAUGCGAGCAGCAACAAGAGGCAAUAUCCGCUAAGAUGCAAGUGGUUGUCGAUCAAAAGUUGCGGUUGGAGAAUUCGCUUGCCUCAGAGCGCAUGAUAAAUGAGCAAAGCCGAGUAGAACAGCAGCAGAAGGCUCAGGACGAAAAAGAACAGCACAAUAAAUCAACGAUGGAAGCCAAUAUUAGGUAUGCGUCACUACAGCAGCAUUACAAUCUGAUGAAGAGUCAGCUAGACGAUUUGACUGAAGAAUGUUCCAAGAGCAAGAAAAGGCAACUAGAAGAAGUCAACUCAUUGAGACUGAAAGUUAGCGAAUUGCAGGGCAAGAUUGCCCUUCAUCAGAAGGAGUCCGCCAGUGAUGUAGAACAAUUGAAGGCUCAGGUGAACCAACUGAAAUUGGAGAAAGCUAGUUUGGAUAGCACGUACCGGCAAAAAAUAGCUUACAAAAAUAAGAUCAUGGAAAAACUUAAAGAGCACAACGAAAAAAUGGAAAAGGAAAACGCACAAUAUAUGGAACUGUGUAAUAUUCCUCCCGAAAAGAUGCCUCAUCACCUCAAAGCAAGUGAUGCUUUCGAGGGCAUUUCAUUCAACUUCAUGGAGUCAGGCCCUCUACGAAACUUUGCUGAACAAAUAUCAGUGAGUGAAGAUUUAUAUAAAAUUCCAGUAGUAUUGCGCAAUCAUACUAAUAAAUACGGGGCUUUGCAUGGUGGUGCUCUGGUACUUGGCGUCAAGAAACAAGUACAAGAAGGUCAAGGCGUUAUCGCAAAACCAUACGAAACUAAUGAUGUCAAAUCAAAAUUGGUUGCGGCAGCGGCUGACGGAGGAGUUAUUAAUUCUGUGGAAAAUUUUCAGAUUAUUCCCAAACCACUACCACUCGUUCCCAACGAAGCAGACGGGAAAAAGGACAAUCAACAGAAUAAUGUACUGCAGGAACCACAGUUAUUGAAAACAUCGACAUCAAUACCAUCGUCGUUGAACAAAAAAACAUCUGAAAGGAAUAGCAACUUGCAAGUGCCUAUUUUGGCCGCACCAACUGUUGUCUCUCCCGACGGAGGCAAAUCAUCCUCUUCUUCUACCAGUACAACGACACCCAGCAGUAGUUUGGUGAAGAAGUCGAUUAGCAAGCUGCGAACUAAAAUACUUCCAGUAGGUGUUGUUCCGUUUCCCGACAAUAUUGAAGACCUAAUGAAGGUUGAUGAGAACAACAGCGAGAAUGCAGUCAAUAAUCGUUACUUGAACAUAGCAGCCCAUCAGGGCCAAGCCAAUAACGACGAGAAACGUUCUCGGAACGAUAAGGAUAUCAAUUUCAUAAAUGGUAACGUGGACCUAGAGAAUGGUGCACACGAGGUGAAUGAUAACGAUUUUAAACUGGUCGGUGGAGUAAAUAACAAUCAAUUGCAGCAACCGAAUGUGAAAGACGGUACGCAAAAUAGGGAUAACUUUAAUGCCGCAGAAGAGGACACAAAUUUGUACGAUCAAAAGCUAUUCGGCAAUGCGAUGGUUCAACAGCAGCCGCAGCAUGCUGAUUACAACGAGAUGCAUCAGCAUCUUGGUGCGAAGAAAGACGGUGGAGGUAAUGCUGGCGCUGCUGUUGGUAAAGGCAGUAUAGGGGAAAAACUAAUCAACGAGAUCGUACGCGAUCACGGAAAGGAGGGUGAUAAUUAUCCGAAUGAAAUGGAGGAAGAUUUACACCUCGAUGGACAGCAGGAGGGAGAGGAGGAGGGUGACAUUGGUGAUUAUGACGAUCCGGCCGCUAUGAAGCAGGGACACGCAGAGCGCAACUAGAGGUAAUGACUGAGCAGAUUUCUUUCGAGUUGGUUGUUGCGUGGCAAAGGGAAUGUCUAUUUACUAUGGAAACCAGUGAUUUGUUCUGUUUAACCUUAGAGGUAAGUGAACAAUUUAAAGCAAAUUGUACGUUUCUAAAAGUAUGCAAUGUAGAUAUAAUAGCUAAUUUUAAUAUACUAGUUCAUCGUCAUUAGUUCUAUUCCGCGUGUAAACCAGUACAACACGAUUUAUUGCAUUGCGAUUACGAAUAUAUAUCAUGAGAUUAAUUAAGCCCAUUUGUUAGAAACAAAAUAUGAUAAACAAUGAACACUGUGGGUUAUUAUUGAAUCUCACAAACACAACGGGAUUAUUCAGAUGAAACGGUCAAACGAAUGAAACAGCAAAAGUUCGCCUUGAACUAAAGGAUGAUAUUAACGGAGAAAAAAUAUACACAAAGAAAAGUUUGAGAAGCUUCUUCUUGAGGUGCGAUUUCACUGAAGCAACACUGAACGGCCUGUCACUCCGUUGCCUCAAAGGUAUCCUGGCUUUAGAGAGUGUGUGAAAUCAUCUCGGCAGAGCAUCGUGAUGAAUCCAUAAAAAAUCAGUUUCGCUAUAUUAUAUGUAAAUUUUUAACUACUGUUUGUACUUCCAGUUCCGAUAUAUUUAUCGCCCCGUCUGCAUAGAAUUGUUUAGAACUAUUGAAGUGAGCUACGAGACUGCUUUUUUGAGAUUGAUUGCUGACGUUGGUCCAUAUCAACACUCAGCUAUGUAUUUUUUUUUGUUAAAUUUCAUUUUAUUCUUUUGAAUUCUUGAUAUUGUACCUAUGUUUAUCAUGUCGUUAUUUUUGUUUAUUCUUAUGCGAGAAACAUUUCGUCCUUAAAGAUCUCUAUUUAUUACAAACUGUGCUCAAAAGCAAUUUUGUAUAAACAUGAACUAGUUUUAAGUGAAACUGUUUUAAUGCACUAUUUUACAAUCUGGGUGUAGGAAUUAGAGUUUCAAUCAGUGCGAAACCCCGAAACCAUCGUGGGCGUUUUGCGUGAAGGCCGAAAUGAGCUAACGUUUAUAUACUCUGUUUUUUUUUCAAUCGCCAUAUGUUAAUUAUCUGUUCAACGGACAACACUGGUUGAAACAAGACCCCUUGAUUAGCGGUAAUUAGGAUUCAAUUCUCUUUUAUGGAAUUAGAAGAACGAAAGAAGACAAAAAAAUUGUUCAAAAUAUUGCCAACUAUUUUUGUCUAAGAAAUAUAAUAUACAAGUAAUGUUCAGAUUCAAAUGUAGUUUCGAUCGCAGUUAGACAAAGGAACGUGUUGGGUGCGAACUUAAAAACUAAAAUCUAUUCCAUAUAUGUUGUUCCAUUCAUUUUAUGAUAGCAUGUAAAAAAAUGAUUGACCUUGUCGCAAAUGGAUUAUCCACAUGAGAUUGGGCAAUACUUAAACAAUCCAAUGUUAUACAAAAUCAUACUGAAACAUCCACCUAAAGUUUAUUCGUUCAUUAUUUUUGAUAUAUUGUAUUUAAGCCAACCAAUCAUCCGAGAAGCGCACCGCAUAGUUUUCUAAAACAAAAAUUUAUGGAAACAAAACUAAAAAACUGAAAAUAACAUAGAAUACAAUUCGUGUUAGUUUGCUGUGUAGUAGCAGUAAAACAUUUUUA